AGAGCGACGUACUCUUCUUUCAGACGUUUGGCACAAGGUGGGUGGUGCUGAACAGCCUCGAGGCCGCGACGGAACUCCUUGAAAGACGGGGAUCAACACACGCCGACCGUCCGCGCUUCGUCAUGUUCGAGGAGAUGGGCUGGUCCCCGACGCUCACAUGGCUCCGUUGGGGUCCCAAACACCAGCUUCACCGUAAGGUCCUCCAGCCGCCAUUCACCAAAGCGAAAGUUGGGCAGCACAUGGCUCUACAGCGAAAGGAAGCCCUCGUCUGCUGCAAGGGCAUGAUGGACCAACCCGUAGACUGGGUGAACUCGGUCAGGAGGUUCUCCGUGGCUGUUGUGCUGAAGAUCGCCUAUGGCUUGGAAGUAGACGGGCCGAGUAGUCCGUGGAUUCAAAUGGCCGACGACACCGCCAACGCAGUCGGAAAAUCGGGCGCACCAGCGAGCUCCAUCAUGGAUCGGCUCCCGGCAACUCGCCAUCUACCGGACUGGCUUCCCUUCAUGGAGAGGCUCCGUUAUGCUCGCACUUGGCGGCCUGCCAUUGAGAAGCUUACAAGGUUGCCGUUUGAAGCCUCCUUGAGGCAGAUUGAUUCGGGAGCAGAUAACCAGUCGUUUGUUCACACAAGGAUGGCUAUCUGGAACGAGAAUGCUCAAAAGGGGGUAGCCAAUGACUUUGAUCUGGACGACAUCAAAGGCGCAGCAGCAACCAUCGUCAUCGCGGGCAAUGAUACCACGGCAGCGACUGUUAUGCUCCUCGUCCUCUACCUCAUGCAAAAUCCCGACGUGCAGCGCAAAGCACAGACGGAGGUCGAUGAAGUUGUGGGAAGCAAAAGGCUGCCCCAUUGGGACGACAUCCCAAACCUACCAUACAUGAAUUUGGUAUUGCAGGAGACGUACCGAAUGAACCCCCUCUCGCCGCUGGGUAUCCCACAUGCCAGCAUUGCCGACGAUGUGUACAACGGCAUGUCCAUCCCCAAGGAGACGAUUGUCUACCCCAACGUCUGGGCCAUGUGUCACGUCGAGUCUGUAUACGCUGAGCCAUUUCGCUUCUGGCCCGAGAGGUAUCUGCCCAGGGAGAAAGGCGGAAACGGAGAGCCGUUGCCAGUGGGCAACUUUGGCUUUGGAAGGCGGAUCUGCAUCGGGAAACACCUGGCUGAGAAUAGCCUUCUCAUUGUGUUGGCUUUGCUGCUCGCCACAGUCGAUAUCGACUGGCCCGUGGGCGCCGAUGGCAAGCCAGAGCCCUUUGAGCCGGAAUGGUCAUUCAGGGGCCAGGCGAUUGUCUUGCCAUUCAAGGCAUCCGUCACCAGCCGCUCCGCCAGGUCGAAAGACUUGCUGGAUGAUGAGGUACGAGCGCUGGAACAUCGCCAAGGUUAACUGUCUAGCAACUGUAUUUGAGUCUUUGCUGCCUUUCACGCCUGCUCAGUUCUUAUUUAGUUCAAGGUAGUAUGACCAACCCCAAAUAUACGAGCCGGCCCAACUAGCCAUCACUGGGCAGCAUGUCUCAUAUCAUGGU